AUGACGUGUUUCACCAGUGAAAAGAUGACUUCAUUAAUUAAACAGGCUUCCAUUUGGUCCGUCAUAAUCGGAACAUUAUCCGUAAUCAUUUUGGCAUUAGUUGUCUUCGCUCUUCGAUUUUACGUACGAAGAAAAUCAAAGGAUGCGCUUCCACAUCUCCGAUCUGUGGAAGGUGAGGGAGAACAUUUCCGUCCCGUUGUGGUCGGUUUUUUUCACCCCUACUGCAAUGCAGGAGGUGGAGGUGAAAGAGUGCUGUGGACUGGCAUUCGUGCUCUUCAGAGGCGCUAUAAUUUUGUUCGCUGUGUUGUGUACACCGGUGACUCGUGCGUGACUGGGAAGGAAAUUCUCCGCAAAGCGGAAGAACGUUUCAACAUAUCGUUACCUCGAUCAGUAGAGUUUGUGUUCUUGAAGAAAAGGCGCUGGGUCGAAGCGAGCACGUAUCCACACUUCACUCUCUUGGGACAAAGCUUUGGUUCCAUGAUUCUGGGCUGGGAAGCCUUGAACAGUUAUUUGCCAGACAUAUUUGUGGACACCAUGGGUUAUGCCUUUACCCUGCCAAUGUUUCGCUAUCUGGGAGGAUGCCAGGUUGGUUGCUAUGUUCAUUACCCUACCAUCAGCACUGACAUGUUGUCACGCGUGGGUGAUCAAACAGCUUCCUACAAUAAUGCCGCUUAUAUUAGUAAUAGUCGUGUCCUGAGUGCAAUCAAGUCAAUUUAUUAUUUCCUGUUUGCUGUGCUGUAUGGUUUGGCUGGCUCAUGUGCUGAGGUUGUCAUGGUAAACUCCACCUGGACUUAUGGCCAUAUUGUGUCAUUGUGGCGAAAGAAGAACCGGACAUCAAUAGUGUACCCCCCCUGUGACACGAAAGCUUUCCUAGAGCUGCCUGUGAAGGUUGACACGGUUGACGGCAAUGAAGAUGAUGAUAAAAGCAUUCAUUCCAUAGUGUCAGUGGGACAGUUCAGACCAGAAAAAGACCACCCACUCCAAAUAGAGUCCUUUCAUGAAUUCCUUAAAUGCCAAAUGGCCAAAGAUAGACACAAGUUCAAGCUUAUUCUUGUUGGAAGCUGCCGAAACCAAGAAGACAAAGAUAGAGUUGUUUCCCUGAAGCGGCUGGUUUCAAAGCUUGAAAUAAAAAAGAAUGUUGAGUUUGCCUUGAAUGUUUCCUUUGACAGGCUCAAAUCUUAUCUUGCUGAAGCCACUAUUGGUCUCCACACUAUGUGGAAUGAACAUUUUGGUAUUGGCGUUGUUGAGUGUAUGGCAAGUGGUGCCAUCGUCUUGGCUCAUGACUCUGGAGGCCCCAGAAUGGACAUUGUCAUUGAAUGGGAAGGAAAACCAACAGGUUUUCUUGCAAGUGAUAAGAAAAGCUAUGCAUCUGCAAUGGAAACAAUAUUUUCCCUUUCACCAGAGGAGAGGAAUGUUAUCCGCUGCAAUGCAAGAAACAGUGUUGCCAGAUUUUCAGAGAGAACUUUUGAGAGUGGAUUUCUUCAAUGUACAGAGCCCUUAUUUAUGGGUGCAUGA